UGAUGCAGCCCGCGUGGAGACCCGUUGCCCGGCAACCGGCGCGGGCUGCGCGGUGCGGAGCUGUUCAUAGGAGAACCAAUGACUGCGUGCUAUAUUUGGGAAGAUAAUUUCUUGUGGAUGGGUGCUGAUGAAUUUUAGUACCAUUCCGAUUCCAACUGAGUCCUAACAUGGACUUGGUUGAAUCAGCCUCCACAGAAAUCUUCAAGAAAAUACCCAGUGUCCUGGAUAGCCUGGUGGAGGAACCUAAAAAGAGACGUGCUAUCCCCAAUCACCUGCUAGAAUCAAAGGUUUAUUCAGAACAUAAGAAGAGCAAUGUUAUACAGGCAGAGCCUGCUGUAUUACACUAUGGAGGGUAUGAAGUUGGAAAACAUCACCAGCAGACGCUGAAGCUGAUAAAUAUUUCUGGCAAUGUAAUAAACCCUCACAUUAUACCACCCCAGACAAAGUAUUUUCAGAUCAAAUACAACAAAACACAUCGACUCAUCCCCGGCUUGUCAUAUGUGCUUACUGUUGAUUUUUGUCCUGAUGAGUGGCGUUAUUACUAUGACUGCAUCCGAAUUCACUGUCAGGGAGAAGAUACCUUAGUCGUUCCUGUGCAUGCUUACCCUACUGUGAAUGUGUUGGAAUUUCCAUCAUUUAUAAAUAUGUCUGAUGUAUCGAUUGGUCAGAGUAAGGAGUAUGUUAUCCCGUUGCAGUGCAGCUGCCCAAUAGACUUUGAAUUCCACAUUGAUUUUAUUCAGCCUCACAGAGCGUUCACUGUCCAGCCGAUAUCUGGAAUUAUUCCAGGAAAUGGGAAAGAGGAAGUAAUUGUGAAAUACUCACCCCUUGAGUAUGGAACAGCACAAAUGAAAAUGCAGUUACUGAUUUCACAGUUCCACUCAGAACCCUAUGUAUGUGUGUUCACAGGAACAUCAACACCCCAUCUGGGUCAAAUAAAAGAACCAUUUGAAAAACAACAAAAGCGUCCAGAGAAAAAAGCAGUGUCUGUUGGAAAAUCACUGGUGUGGAAAAGAGACAAAUUCAGCCUACCACGAUCCAAGGCUAUUCAAAAAGUAAAGGAAAUUGAAUACCAGAACCUGAAAUUCCCCACAGACUUGUCAAAUCCAUAUGCUGUAGCUACUGUUUUGAAUCAGGAACCAGGCAAAUUGAAGAUUAAGAACUUAAAAGAAGUCCUUUGCCAAGGCAAUGAAGGAAUAAAAAUAAGGCAGAUGAAGGAAGCACUGUUUGAGCUAAAAGUCAAACAAAACAUUAAGGAAGAGGAAGCAAAUAAUCUGAAGUGGCAAGUUCGUAAAGGCAAAAAUCCACUAUCUGCAGAAUUUAAAAGGGAGGUUAUUGAAAAUCGACAAAGGGAAGAAGAGCAAUAUAAGAUCCAAAGAGGAGAUCCUAUCAUAGAAGAGGAGUUUCAAAGGAGCAAAGUAGAGAUUUCUUCCAGACGUGUUUUCCGGCUUGUUGAGCAGCAUCCAAGUAUUCAUCCCACAUUUGACUUGCUCUGUAAUGACCCUUGGGCAAACAGAAAAAGGAUGUUGAGGAAAUUCCAACAAGCAGCAUACAAGAUUGUGAUUCAGUCUCGUCUAAAUCAUUUACUGCUUCUGUUCCGUGGGCUGACAAGGGAAGACAGAGAUUUGGAGGAAGGCUCUAUAUCUGAAAAUGGGAGUUUCAGCCAAAUAGAGAAGAGAGAAGAAUGCAAAUGCAUUUCUUCCAGCAUAUCUGAAGAUCUAAUGUUACCUUCUCAAUUCCCCUUUAACAGUUCCCACAAAUUACACCGUGAUUUGGAACCUGAUGCCCCUGGCCCAAUUCCUGUCAAACGUAUAGAUGUGAAAAUGAAACGCUUCCUUCCCUCUUACAGCUUGAAGGUUCCUCAGCAUAUCAGCAUCAUAAAGUAUCAGCCAUUCCGUGCACACCGUACAGCUGCAAGUUAUAGAACUCAAAAACUUUGCCGAGCUCUGAGACAGGGAGCCCAGGAUGAGUUGGUUCAAGUAGUUGCUUCUACUAAGGAUUAUCACAAGCCAUCAUCUGAAGAAGUAGCAGAAAGAGAUAUCAGCCUUUUAAAAUUGGUUCCUCCCCGAGCUUUAGUCUACCCUACAGAGAGCAACCCUCUUCGCAUUUUUAACCCCACUCCAGGAUUGUUUCCACUUUUACCUCCUUUAACUUACUGUGAAACAAAUAUUGAGUAUCAUCUUUGUCCUCAUCCAAAAUAUACCUUUACCAAGGAGUGCCCCAAAGGAUCCAGUAUUCCAAUCACACAAAAAAAGUUUCUGCAUCACAAGGAAGUGAUUUGUGGAGUAAUGGACUGGAGACGAUUCUUACCAGUGGUGUAUUUGACAUUUCCUAACACUCCCAUAUCAACAAGUACAACAUCUAGGGAUCCUUACAGCUUAGAUAUGCUUCCAAGAGAUGUACCAUCAGUGCUGUAUAACUUGCCUGAGAGAGACAGAGAGAAUAUAAUUGACCUUGGGACAGAUGAAAAUGAAUUUGAAGUGCUUCUUACUCCAGAGAUGCUGAGUGCUGAAUUUCCACAAAUUGAGCAGAUGAUCUCAGAAGAAGGCAAAAUAAAAUCAGCGAAAGAAGAAAGAGACCCACACAAACAUCCUGAUGGAAAUUUUCAACCCCAAGACAACGGACUCAGAGAAAGGGUUCAAAAACAGAUGGAGAAGAUGAAGAUGAAAGCACUAAAUAAAACCCUUAUUCUCGAAUAAAAAUAAUUCUAUGAAAUCUGUGGUUUGCGACAGUUUACCCUGUAAAUAUGUGAGGCCUCCUUUGUCACAGUUAUAUCUACUUGUAUUCAGUGAGUUCAGCAGCUACUUAUGCAAAUAAAAGAGAACCACCAGCAACGUUACUUCUAUCAAGAACUCUGUGUGAUAACUUCCCCAAACACAGUAACUGCUCCUAUGACAACCCUCAGCCAUGGGCCUGCUUGUUUUUUUAAUGGUGUGAAGGAUCAGAGAACCACAGUAUUACCUUGUAAAUAACUUGGUGAUUAAUCUACAGCUCAUUAUUUUUAAAUAAAAUUUGAGAAGCCCUAA